AAAAGUCAAAACAGCUGAUUGACAAGUCGAUAUCUGCCCAGAAAUGUCAAUUUGCAGAGUCAAUUUAAGAUUUUCUUUAUGCUAAAAGUUCCCUUCAUUAUCGUAGGUAUUUUGGGUAUGCAUGCCAAGCGUGCCACUGAUUGCGCGCCCUAAUUACGCAUAGAGAGAGCCGACUUACAUCAUAAGUUGAAAUUGGGAGUCUAGCUGGGGGGGCUCUCAGGGAGACAAUGAUCCACUGGACUGUUUCCAGAUAAUUUCCUGUGUAGGCCUAGACGUAGAAAUAUAUUUAUGCCCGAGGCAUGGACUCUGUAAUUAAGACAACGAUUAACUGCUUGUGUUUACAUAAAUUGGACAAUCUGAGCAGACAUAGACUACCUUGGACUGCCAGAUUUGCCAGUCAUCGAUAUCAUCCCAAGGUGUGUCAGGUCGUUUGAGGAUAACCCAAAACUUAGGCUAAAGGGUCUAAUUAUUAACAGUGAUUGAUACUCUCCAAUGUAGAUUGCAAGGUACUUGAACCAUUGACCUGUGAAGGUUAACUGGUGGGAUGUUGUAAUAAGAUAUAGAUCUAUAAAUAAAAACGUAUUAGACAUAACAACACAUUCAAGUUAUGCAUUAAAAUUCGUCAACACAAUACUGUGUUGCAGUGUCUUAAAAUAGACCUUUAACUGCCAAUAUAGAUGAUGUAGCUGUGAGGAUGUGUGAUGUUGGUGUAGGAAAUGGUGCUGAUGUUGGCAAUCUGAAGACUGGUGUCACUCACCUGGGAUAGUAGAAAGUAGAAAAAUGUCAUUAGCAAGAUAAGAUUGCUAAGGUUAUAAGGCAGCAAUUUUGAUAAUACAGGUUACCAGUGCCGAAAGGUUAGCUAUGGCAACUUCCAACACAGGUGCUAAGGCAAAGUCGAGGAAGUAUGUCUACACUACACUGAGAGAUGUCCAGGCAAACACUGUGGUGGAUGUGUAUGGUGUGGUCAAGUUCCUCAAGCCACCCAAACAAACACGUGGAACGGACCUCAUCAUGAUCUUAAGUCUCAUAGAUGAGACUUUGUUUGAUCUAGACCAGAAGUUGAAGUGUGUACUGUUUCUCAAACCCAACAAGGUGCCUCAAGUGGAGGUCGGCAGUGUUGUUCGCCUUCAUCGCCUCAAGAUCGGAACCCACCAGGGGGAGCUGCAAGGUGGAACGUCAGCAGGGUUUUCCUGGCUCGUCUUCAACACACCUGAGUCCAAACCUCAGUCUUCCUCCCCGAACUUUACUUACUCCGAGGAAGAUAAAAAAAAGGUAAAGGAACUGUUUGACUGGUCCAGCACUAGUGACACACCUGUGGUUGAUGCAGCAGCUACACUUUCCGACAUUGCCGUCAAUGCCUACUUCAACCUCACCUGCCAGGUGGUCUCCACUUGCGUCAUUGAGGAUGGCGUCUGCUUCUUGUUGAGGGUGUGGGAUGGAACUAAACCUAUCUACCCAGUCCGAGAGCUGGACACUGAUGGAAGUGAGUGUGAUGUGGCCUCAGAUCCGCGUCUGCUGCAGAGAGCAGACGGAUAUCUGUACGAUGUCUCAGUGUUUGACGACCACUUCUGUACUGCCAGCAGAGCACAGCCAGGCAUGUUUAUGAAGUUCUACAACCUGCAUGCCAUGGAGUAUAAGAGUGGCGACAAGGGGGACAGCCUGUCUGCCCUCCCAACAGUUGAGCUUGUGUUACACCGCGGGACAAUGUACGGCAGAGGUGUGUUAUUUCUGGAUGAACAGUCACGGGAUGUGAAAACACUGCUAGAUAAACUUGAUAACAUUGCUGGUACUAAUCUGCCCUCGGCGAGUGGACUGGAGAAAGGGAGACAACUGGACUCCACAUCCACACAAAAGGAAGUGGGGACAAAUUCUGGCGAUGGAGUCUCGCGGGGCCAUGCGUCCUGGGUGGAAGUUGAUGAGGGGAUUGAUGUGGAGCUGACGCAGAAAAGAACCAAUACUGCUUGUUAUUCCAGGGAACGUGGUGGAGCAAAGAGAACAAGAAAUAGCAUCAGAUCAGAUGACGGUGGAGAAGGUGAAAGUUACAUGUCUGCCCUUCAACUGUCGUGUGAUGUCUUGUCGGCUCAAGUGUGUGACGAGUCACGAUGUAUGCAGGAGACAGCAACCGUGAUACUAAACCACCCCCACGUGAAGCAGACCCGCAUACAAGAUGUGCUCGCCCACACAGUCCCUUUCAAGUUCCGCGUGAAGGCUCGGGUCGUGGACUGCCAGCCCACACCAACGGCAGCCACAGACCUGGUCAGCGCUUACUGCAACACUUGCCACUUCAUGUGCAGCGUGACCGAGUAUGAGGCGGAACUGAGGGACAGGAUAGGUAUUGGAGACAACGGCUGCAGUGAUGGCGGCCAGGACAGGUCGUUGAGUGAUCUGUUGCUGAAUUUGGAGACCGAUGAUGCCAGGAUGUGUCCUCGAUGUACUGAUAAGUCAGAUGAUAUUGUGGGUGACCUUGAACUGACGUAUGUGCUGCGCCUACUGUUGCAUGAUGGAAGUGGAUGGCUGGUGGCUAAUCUGUGGCGAGGAGAGGCAACAAAGUUCUUGAAAGACAUUCCACCAGAAGAAGCAUUGAGCCACCCAGCAAUUUUCACGGAGGUCAAGGACGCUUUGAACCAGAUUUGUCCAGCAGAUGUCAACAUUGGUGACAAGCCUUGGGUUGAAUGUUGUAUUGCUGCCUACACUGGCACCACCAGUGUCAACUACCACAUCUUUGACACAGUGGUGGUAUAAAAGGACAAGGUCAAUUAUCUCCAAGAGGUCAAGGUCAUGUCAGUUCAAUCAUGUACAUGUGGUUGAAAUGGCUGUGGCAUGUCACUAUGCAUUACACAGUGUAACCAAGCUGAAAUAGUCCACAAGACGUCAAGGUUAUUCUAGUUGAACCCUACACCUGAGUGGUCAGAAUUUUGACUCAACACCUUAUGGUUUCUUGUACAGCUCUAUACAAUACACAGUUUCAGCAAGCAGUAUCAGACUAGACAUCAAGGUCAAUGUGUCUGGGCUCAAAAGAUGUCCUUGUUUCCAAUAUGAUUUUUUAAGUGUUAUUAAAAAAUUGUAACACUA